CAAGAACUUCUGACGUUACAAUUCGACCGCGGUUUGCGCAUUGACUUCAGGUAAGGGCAGAGGACGAAAAUACCGGGGCUAUAACAUCACUCAUUCGGGGUUUUACACCUGUAUAUUUCUCUUCUUAUCUUCUCAUCCCUUUUUUGGGGGGAUUUCCUUUCCUUGCAUCCCUUUUUCUCCAUCUUGACUACCACAGCAGCGCCUGCCCCGCAACAAAUGAUAAUGCGCAACAAAACCUGAUCAAUCCCUCUUUCUGCCUUGUAUUGUAUGUAUGUACAAGUACUACGCAUGGUCUUCUUCCAUCGUCCGAUCAUUUCCACUUUCUACCUACUUAGGUCUCAUCAUUCCCACGACGUACCCUUGGACCGCUUGCGGCCAACCUUGAAAAGAUGUGUCAUAUCUGCCGCCGUCUCGACGUUGUACUGCAAUCUCCGCCGCCCGAGGUGAUCGCAGCGCGAAAAGCGGAGGAGGAGGCGCGUGUACGAAGAUUUCAGGAGCAGCUGGCCGCCCUCCGAGCCCAAGGCAUAACCCCCAGGGCGCCGCGAAAACAACUGCCGGGUCCGUGCCCCCCGGAAAAGGUGGUCGUCGAGCCAGCGCCCAGCCACGACGGCGCGCCGACCUUCGCCGCCUACUCUGUGCCCCUGCCUGAGCUGCAAGCCGACCCGGACAGCGACGAUGGCUACGGUAAUUCCCCGCCAGCCACGGAACCAGAGAAACACCGCCCCAAAUUCGGCAUCCGCCUCUACGAUACUACGGCCGAUGCCACUGCCGAGCGCGCUGCGAUGCUUGCGCGGCGCAUCUCGGAGCUGACACGCUACGAUCGCAUGUCCAGUGAGAGCUUCGGAGAGGAUCGCAUCGAGGUUGUAGCGUUGCCGCUGCCUUCUUCUACAACGGACGAGGAGCGGGCUGUUAUUUGCAUCUCGCACAAUGAGGCCGAGCGCCAAGUUCGGCUGCCUUUGCCGGACCCGGCCGUCGCCGCCUCGUGGUAUAUUGCCGAGGACUUUUAUGGGUCCAGGAAGAUCCUGUGGGUUAUCCACGAUUUGAAAGACUCGUGGGAGGAAGCGCUUAAGAGGACCACUCAUGAGGGCGGUGAGGGUGUUCACGGACAUUUUCUACAAGUCUAUUACGGAUACGAGGAUGACUCAGAGGACGACGAAGAUGAGCCGCCGCGCGAUUUCUAUCUCGGCGCAUUUCGCCUGGAGCAACUGGGUUGGCUGCUGGGAGACUUUCGAGGCGUGAGGGGCAACGUCUUUGAGUUUUUUCAAACGCACUUCGUCCCGGACCGCGUGCUGGACAAGGAGCUGGCUCUGCCGACUGCGCGAAUCUGGACCGCCAGACCCAAGGCUACACCGUGUGUGUCUCGCCGCCCGGAGGCUCAUGGGUCAACCCCCAUCCAAGUUCGACGGCCAACGCGACGACGACGUCGACUGAGUAAGGUAUCCUUUCCCUUCCCGCCUGAGACACCGUUUGGUUUGCCAACAUUCUUUCACAGCACUAUAUUUACCCUCUCCAUGACGCUCAUCCCGACCAGCUACAUCACCUCAAGCAUCACCGUUUCCCUGAUUGCCGGAUUUGACGAUUGAGAGGCGAGCCAGGCAACCUGGAGACAACGUGUAUAUGUUUCAGUCUAGCAGUUCGCUCGCUCGUAAUAAGGAAUCACUACUGGUCUCGGCACCUCCUCACCGGCCGCGGCGGCUCUCGCCCCCGAGCUCUGGGUUCCAGGCGACGAUCUGUAACACUGUUGCGUUUGCUGCUGACGCUAGGUCUGCGCAAGAGUCACGAGGAGUAUCGAACUUGACCCUUCGCGGCUCGCAGAUGGCUGAUGACGGGAUGCACAAGGUUCCCGAUUUGGGGAAGCUGGCACAGUCGGCCUUAAGGUUGUUGGCCACGAGGAGGCGCGUAGUGCUGAUACGUUGGGCGAGCGAGACCGAGGUACACGUGUCACCGGCCUGGAUGGUA